AUGGCAGCAAUCACAGCUGGAGGCCCAGCCGAGGCCUACUUCACAACAACCAUGAGCAAACUGAACAGCAUAUUUGCCAAAAACUUGGCAAAACUCGAGGCUAGGCAACAGCAUACUCAGCUGAAAUACUCACAGACCUCGGAGGCACCAACUCCACAAAAGCGCACAGAUUAG